UCGCUAUCGAGCAUCGAAGAGAACGGGUCCGGCUACGUGAAGUUUUCCCUAGUUCUGUUGUACAUUUUCUUUCCAAGUGGCGUUUUCCCUCGCACCCUUAUUUUUCGAAACACGUUUCCUUCUCGAGUUUGUUACAGCACGCGCAUGUUCCCCUGCCAACCUUCGAUUCUUCGCGAUACGAUGUAAACAAAUAGGAUACGUGUGUCCCUGUUAGCUAUAAGGAUACUACGAAGAAAGUGAUUCAUAACGCAAGGGUUUGAUUCUUAAAAACGUGCCUUCGACACACCAUUUUUGUUUUCCUGUAUCAAAGAAAUAUUGUGUUCCCACCCAGUAUUAUUGGGUGCUAAUUGAAAUUGGUUAAUCAGUAGGUAAAGUGCAUUUAACGUCUCAAAUCGAAAGUCGCGAAAAAGUGAACGGAAGAGAGACGAAGCGCAAAGAAUUGCCUUCGAUCUACGUCUUGGGCAGAUUUUGUCUCUCGCAGUGCACGCAAUCAGUCUGAUGUGUGUUCCUACGUUGGUCGGUGGUUGCAGUGAUUAUUCGAUUUAAAAGGGAUGGGUGCGGAAGUGGUGACGAUCUGGUCAGUAGUGGCAUUAGUUGCAAUUAUUUUUCCGGUCUUCGGUUGCCCAGGAAUAGCAACCAACGAGGUCCACAUGGAUUGCGAGGAGGAUUCGAAACUUGCAGCCAACAAAUUGAAAACAACCUCCCCCGUGACGGAGUUCUUCAAGGAGCAUGAAGUUACCGAAAAGGACUCCCGAAUCGCUCUGCAGGCGUUGGAUUUGGACGAGGUAAACAAAGUGCCGGCCUGGUGUGAUGAGUGUGGAAUCGAAAAGAUUCACUUCUGUCAGUCGGCGGCUUUCAUCAACGAUCACUGCUGCUGCGAGCAUCGACAUGCGAAGGAGAAACUACCAUGGAUUCCCCACACUUGCUAUCUUGGGAAGGAACGAUGUCAACCUCAUACCAGUUCCUGCAGUAAAUAUCGGGAGAUACGGGAGUGCUGCUGUGAUCGCCUUCUUAUCGCACAUUAUAUAGCGAAAUUCUCCACGGGGACCCCCACCUGCAGUCGAUUGCAUAUGGCCAGCUGGGCUGUGUCACUGGUGGCGACAGCGAUUUCGGCAAUCACCCGGCUCAGUUAGUGACAGACGCAGAAUUGACGAAUACAAACAGCCAAAGGCACAUUUGCAGAAGAUCUCUGCACCCCCACCAAAGGAUCCGUACUACUAAAACCAAUCAACUUUCCUACUGGAUGGAUCAAAACUAUCGCAUUACAAAUCAUGUGGCAUACCUACGUUUAGAGUUUAAGUUUAGCGAUUGUGAAAUAGUGGACUAUCACGUGCCGUACUUAUUGCGUUUUCAUAAGCAGCAGCAGGAUUAAGGCUGUGGCAUUCCCUAGUGUCGUACCGCAAGCAGAGCUAAAACACAGGGGAUGUAUUUUUAAUAGUUUUGAAACAUUAGUUCUCUUUGUGAUUAAAUUGUAUGGUUUGCUGAACUGGCUAGUUUAGGUUAAAUGUGAACAAUUUUAAGUUUUUAAGCUUUUUAGUACCUACACAUACAGAAUAAACUAUUUUUGAACGGUAAAAAAUGUAAUUUAAAAUAAAGAACACAAUUGAAGC